UCGGCGCGGGCCCGCGAGAUGCCGGUGUCGGCGGCCCGGGAGGCUGCAGCUGCAGCGGCGGGGGAGGCGGCAGCGGGGCCCCGGAGGGGGGCUGCGCGGGGGGCCGGCGCGUAGCCGGGACUAUGGAGGGGCAGAGCGGCCGCUGCAAGAUCGUGGUGGUGGGGGACGCGGAGUGCGGCAAGACAGCGCUGCUGCAGGUGUUCGCCAAGGACGCCUACCCAGGGAGUUAUGUCCCCACGGUGUUUGAGAACUACACCGCGAGCUUUGAGAUCGACAAGCGCCGCAUUGAGCUCAACAUGUGGGACACUUCAGGUUCCUCUUACUAUGAUAAUGUCCGGCCUCUGGCCUAUCCUGAUUCAGAUGCUGUGCUCAUCUGCUUCGACAUUAGCCGACCAGAAACACUGGACAGUGUCCUCAAGAAGUGGCAAGGGGAGACUCAGGAGUUUUGCCCCAAUGCCAAGGUUGUGCUGGUUGGCUGUAAACUGGACAUGCGGACCGACCUGGCCACACUGAGGGAGCUGUCCAAGCAGAGGCUUAUCCCUGUUACACAUGAGCAGGGCACUGUACUGGCCAAGCAAGUGGGGGCUGUGUCCUACGUGGAGUGCUCCUCCCGGUCCUCUGAGCGCAGCGUCAGGGAUGUCUUCCAUGUGGCCACAGUGGCCUCCCUUGGCCGUGGCCAAAGGCAGCUACGCCGUACUGACUCACGCCGGGGACUGCAGCGAUCCACUCAGCUGGCAGGACGGCCGGACCUGGGGAACGGGAACGGGAAUGGGACCGAGGGCGAGAUACACAAGGAUCGAGCCAAGAGCUGCAACCUCAUCUGUUCUCACUCAUUCUAACCUCCAGGCAACCGGCACCAAAUUAAAAAGCAAGUUAAGAAGCCCCUCCCCCCAUUUACCCACCAGUCCUAGCUCCCUCCCUCCCUUUCCCCAAGAGUCCCCAAAUAAAGCCCAUGUCCAUGGAAAACGACUGUGGCUUUAGUUUUAUUGCUUUCUAAAAAACCAAUCUACCAAUUUCUGGCAGCAGGAGGAAAGUUACAUUUCAGGGAGGCCUUUCCUGUCUAUGCCUACUGAUGGAGCAGAGGAAAAAGCCAUGGGCUGGAUCAGUGGUGUCCAUUUAGGAGCCAGAGGUGGGAGAGUGAGAUAUCUUGGGAAUAUUCAUCUCAGUUAAUGAGCCAGACAAUCCUAAGGCCAUUAGGGGGUUUUAAAGUGGACUGAUGUGCAAUUCAUUACUCAGCCCAGCUGGGGCCCCCUGCUAGUGUGGGAGGGGACCUGCUGAAGUGGUCCAGGCCCCUGGUUCACCAUCUCCACCCCCAGCUUGGAAUCAAUCUGAUGGUGGCUUGGGAAUUGUCGGGGUAGGGAGGGCAUCAAAAGCCUCCACAGCACAGAAGUAAACCCUCUGCAGGGUGAAGUUUCCCAACAGGACAGUAGUUUGAUUCUGGGGUCUCCUCGGAGGUGAGGGCAGGGGCUCUUGCCCUCUUUCCAUCCUGAGCUCCUUGAUGAUUUUGGAAGGAGCAUCAGCGGUGAGCUUAGGGUCACACCCCCACCCCCAACCCCCUGGAGAAGGAAAGCCGGUGGAGGGGCUGGCUGGAGCGCUUGUUGUCAGGAAAGACAGUGCUGGUCUGUUUUCUCAGGAGUCUGGUUUCACAUUGUCCCGUAUUCCCUCUCUGGCUCUGGUCCCACUGGCCUCUUUUCAGUGACAUUCUCCCCCAGGAACCAUCCCUAGCCCUCCCCUCCCCUCCCCCAGCCCCAGCCAGUUCUUCCAGACACGCUGGGAGAGAACACGGACCUUAUUACCCUCCCAUCUGCUGGGAUCCCCCUAAUUCACAGCCCAUCCCUCCUUCAUUCAUUCAGUAAAUAUGUACUGAGCACCAACUGUAUGCCAGACACUAGCUUGGGAUUCUGAAAGGACCAGCCUCUGUGCUCUGGAGGCAAGCCCAGCAGGGAAGAGAGGUGUCCCAGGUGUGACUGUGCUUUGCCUGAGGGAGCCAGUCUGAGCCAGUCCUGAGGGUUGAAGAGGAGUUUGCCAGGCAGGGAAGGGGUAGGAAAGGCACUCUGAGCAGAGGGUGCAGCAUGUGCAAACACGUGGAGAUGAGAAAAAGCAUGGCACUGUUGGGGCUGCCAUGGCGGGGAGGGCAGAAGACAAGGCUGGGAACGUACAUCAGGGUCACUGCAGGGCCCACAAAGGAACCAGGACUUCAUUCUGAGGAUGUAAGGAGGCACCAGGGAUUCCAAGCAGAGAAUGAAGUGACCAGAUUUGGUUUUUGGAUAGAUGGUUAUCUGGAUGAAGCUAGGGGAUUCAGCUCUGAGAUGUGUCAUUCAAAAUAGCCUCUCCUUUCCCUAUGCCAGGGCCCAGUCUUGAGAGAAAAGGAAAUCCCACCCACUUCUGGCUCAUCAGACACCCCUUUCCUCCCAUUCCUACAGGACCCUGUCCUGGUCCAUCUCAACCAGUCCCCUCAAGGAUUCUGGGACAGCUUCAAGGGCCCUGGACACCCUACCCCCUCAAACUGAGACCUGGUUAGGGGCGUCUGAGACCCUCCUCAAGGACCCUGAGUCCUGGAUUGAGGGUACUGGAGAAGGCUGGGGCCCAGCUAGGUGGCUCUCAGUCUGGUCUCAGAAGACUGACCCGUCCCCCACAGGGACCUGUCAUACCAUUGACUUGGGAUUUUUGGCCACGUGGCUUCUCUACUUCACCCUGGACUUUGGUACAAAGCAGGCUCAAGCCUGUAGCCGUCAAAGCUCAGCGUUUGUGCUCCCUCUCUUUUCCCAACCUCCCUCUCCUGCUGCGCUCAGGGAAUGCAAACGCAUUUCAAUAUCUGCCUAAAGCAAACAUAAUUAGGAAGAUAAAUCAGCUGGAGGAACCCCAAAGUUUAAUACAUCUCCAAUACGACCAGGAACAGAUUUUGGUCUCCUCUGCAGGUCUGGGUUGCCAGAUAUUUUAUUUCUGGGAGAGGGCUGUGCCCCUGGGCUGAGGAGCCCAGUAAGUGGGAGGCGGGAAGGGGGCGGUUCCUGGAUCCUGAAAGGCCCCAGAGGGCUGGAGGGAGGAGAACUUACCCCCACCCCCACCCCAGAUGCAGGAGUCAGACCCAGCUUCCUCCUCUGCAGCUGUUUCCCCCCACAAAUUAGACACUCAUUUGGGAAACAAUGUAGC